CUAACGCACGAAUUAAUAACACCUAUUAAUUGAUAUCAAUAGCGGCUUAUCGAUCGUACUGUGUAUCGAUCACGGUGACGUCUACCCGUUGACAGACUAUAAAAGAAAACCAAAACUCGAUAUCAUCAAGAAGUUGCGUGAAAUUAUCGCGAAGAUGGCUUCCCCGGCGAUCGCGUUGUUGUAUCCUACCCUAUUAGCGACCCUCGCCACGGAUACAAAUUACACGCUUUUCGCCGACGAACAUGGAACGCCGUUCAUGAUCGAUGUUACCGACCCUGUACCUACAUCGUCGGAACUCAUCGAAAUCGAGGAAACCGCUCUCAAGACCUCCUUCUUAUUAUACACCCGAAACAAUCCGCAAAUCGGACAGGAGUUAAUUAUCAACGAUAAGAAUAGCGUGGACAAUAGUUUUUGGAAUCCUGAUAAUCCCACUUGUAUCGUUACUCAUGGAUGGCGAGGAGAUGCAAAGCCUGGAUCCGCUUGUACCUUGAUUCGAGAUGCUUAUCUCAGCAUUGGCGAUUACAACAUCAUCCUAGUUGACUGGAGUAAAGCGGCCGGAAAUCUCUGGUACUGGAAAGUCGUGAAAAGCGUACCGCUCGUGGCGGGACAUGUGACUAGGUUAAUAAAUUUCCUGGAGGAGAGUGCAGAUCUGGAUACUUCCAGAACCAGGCUAAUAGGACAUUCUUUGGGUGGACAUAUUGUCGGCCUCGCCGCUCGUAAUGCCAAUAACGAUAUCGCUGAAGUGAUGGCUUUAGAUCCUGCGAAACCCUCGUUCGAAUCCAAAGGAGCAGGCGAAAGGGUGGAUAAAACGGAUGCGAAUGUGGUGCAGGUGAUCCACACGAGUUCUCUCGGUAUCGCGGAACCGAUCGGUGACUCCGAUUUUUAUCCGAACGGCGGUAACAAGCAGCCGGGAUGCAGCAAGAUCGUGCCUGCGUGCGCGCACUCAAGGUCUUACGAGUACUACGCCGAGUCCAUCGUAAACCCAACAGGUUUCCGCGCCGACGACACACACGUAUACAUGGGCGGACCAAAGUUCGAUCCAAAAGCGCAAGGAACGUACACUUUGCAAACCCGCAAAUCAUCACCGUUCGCACUCGGAUAACGAUUGAUCGUUUUAUAGCUACCAUCCUUGUAAAUAUUUCUACGAUAAAAUAAAUUUUCUCACAAGCAUUCUCAACUCUCUUCAUGUUAUUGGAAUGAUUCAUCCGAUAUUUUCGUAUCUUUUAUACACAACUACAUUAUCAUUAUUUCAUCAUCACUCCGGCAGCAAGAAAACAUCGUUUUAUCAUCAAAACAUUUGAAAUCAUUUUUCAGGUCAAUAAUUUUGCUUGUUUAUGCUGUUAUAUAUACUAUCAGAAUUAUCACCAAAUCGUAAUAAUUCUUUUACAAAAAUAAUGUUCGAUGUAUGAUCAUAAUCAUUUUCUUUAAUCUUUUUUUAAAAUUAAUCUCCCUUCUUGAUUCACACGCGAAUGACUUAUUGCGUCUAUCGAUAUCAUAAACUCAUCGAUCACACCAACAAACGAAUGUCAUAUCAACAGGCUAUAAAAAAAAAGAUUCAAAAAAUUAAAGCAAGAUUUUCAACAUGAAAGUUAUUGCGAGGACGAUUGCUUUACCGGCAAUCGCGUUAUAUACGUAAAGAAACAAUCAUUCUCGAAUUUCGCAAUUGCAUAUUCGUGAAAAAAUUAUUUUUCAGCUUGCAAUUGCAUAUUCAUAAAAAAGGAGUAUUAUUUUAGAUCGCAUUCGAAUCUAGAGGAUCAGGGCAAAGAGUGGAUGCUGAUCUGUGAGUGAUACACUUUUGCACGAUGAGUUUUUAUGCGGUUCGAUGAGAUGGAUCGGUAAAUAAAGCUCGCCGACGCCGAUGUCGGUUUAUUAUUCACUAAAAGAUGCAUCGUUCAUUACUCAAUAGACUAAUUAAUCUGCGUUUCGCAGGCGAUAUUACGGCGAUUGGAUGCGCGCACACGAGAGCUUUCCGAUACUACGUCGAAUCUAUUAUAAAUCCAAAAAGCUUCCGCGCCGGAAAUAUAUUCAUGAGCGGACCAUUCUUCGAUUUAAAGCAAGUACGUCUUCUCAUUCUUCAAUAUGGAUAAUUGUCACUUUACGAGAUGCAGCAUACUUUUUCGUUCCCUCCUAUCUCUUUUUUCUCUACUUCUUUUAAUCAAGUAUAUUUAGAAAUAUUGGGCGUCGCCCACAGACUUCCGCAUUUUCUUUGAUCGAGAUGAUUAUUAAUAAUGCAUUAUCGCUUCUAUCAUUUUCAGAAUACGUGGAAUAUAUGCUCUAGAAAUUGCCAGCGAGUCACCAUUCGCACUUGAAUGAUAAUUAACGCUAUUGUAUACAUAUUCCUAUACAUUUUUGUACAUAUUUUUACCGUAUUAAAUAUAAUUUUUUUAAAUACUUUCUGAACCUAUAUACUUCAUGUUAUUUGACUGAUUUAUCUUGUAUUUUCUUGCAGAUUACUUAAUUAACUUAAUUAACUUAUUAACGGCAAAAACGUUUUUAGACUUUAAAAUCUUUUUUACAUAAAAUAACAUGAUAUAAAACCGAAAAACCAGAGGAUCUAUUUUCAAUCUUUUAACGCCAACUUUUACUUUGUCUUUGCUUUUAUAAGAGCAUAUUCUUUAUUAAAAAAAUAGAUGAAAUAAAACAAGAUAUAAAAUAUAUAUUGA